AUGACCAAAGAUUUUGCAGAGGCUGAUAUAGCCCAUGUUCUUCCCCAUUGUCCUCCUACCGCUCACACCUAUGUUCACAAUGACUUCGUCCAAGAUCCUGCGCUCCUGUCAGAGAAUCAACAUCACCAUGAGUAUCAGAAUCACACUGCCUUUGCUGAACGAGGCAACGAAGAUGGAACGGCCUUCAUUGAGGAUGAAUCGGUCGACAAAAUUGUCCCAGAACCAAUCAGCCUCGACCAUGCACAGAGUAUUAAGGUUGAAGAAAGUGGAGAAAUUGAACUUGCUAAGAGAACCUGGAAGCGACGCCUGUUGAAGCAUUGGCCACUGUUUGUCCAUGUUGUCACCUGGCUUCUGUUUACCGGCUGGUGGAUUGCUGGUUUGAUCUUGCACAGAUACGACUAUGGAUGGCUGAUUCCCUUCCUUCUCUACUUAGCCAUUACACUGAGGAUCGUAUUUUUCUAUGUCCCCAUCAGUGUCGUCACAAAGCCAAUCCAUUUUAUCUGGAGCAAUACAGCUCGGCCUUUAGUCCGCAUGGUACCAGAGAAUAUGAGAGUACCCACAGGAGGCCUAAUCUGCAUCAGCGUUAUUCUGGUCGGCUCGUUCGCUUCGCCAGAGACUAAAGACAACACUCGCGCAAACCGUGCUGUCAGUCUCUUUGGUCUGGCAGUAUUCAUCCUUAUCUUAUGGGCCACAUCACGCGACCAAAAGAAGAUCGUAUGGCACACAGUAAUAGUAGGAAUGCUAGCCCAAUUCCUCAUUGCGCUCUUCGUACUUCGGACAAAAGCAGGCUACGACAUCUUCCACUUUAUAUCAACCCUAGCCCGCGAUCUCCUCGGCUUCACAGUCAACGGCGUCGAAUUCUUCACCAGCAAAGAUUUUCUCGAACUGAACAACGACAAGCCAGGCCUAAACCCCAAGAACUGGUUCAUCAUCACGGUGCUCCCGGCCAUAGUGUUCUUCAUCUCAAUCGUCCAGCUGCUCUACUACAGCAACAUCUUACAGUGGUUCGUCACAAAGUUCGCUACCUUCUUUUUCUGGAGCAUGCGUGCUUCAGGCGCAGAGGCCGUCGUCGCCGCUGCAUCCCCGUUCAUCGGCCAGGGCGAGUCAGCCAUGCUAAUCCGACCCUUUGUUCCACAUCUCACAAUGGCAGAGCUGCACCAAGUCAUGUGUUCGGGCUUUGCCACUAUCGCCGGAAGUGUGCUGAUGGCCUAUCUGUCUAUGGGAGUCAAUGCGCAAGCCCUCGUCUCAUCUUGUGUUAUGAGUAUUCCCGCCUCGCUAGCCUGCUCAAAGCUACGUUGGCCCGAAAAAGAGGCAAGUCUGACAUCAGGCUGCGUCGUCGUUCCUGACAACGAAGAGCACCGUGCUGCGAAUAUUCUGCAUGCAUUCACGAAUGGAGCUUGGCUGGGCCUCAAGAUUACUGCCAUGAUCGCUGCUACCCUGCUCUGCAUCAUUUCUCUCAUUGGCCUGGCUGAUGGGCUUCUCACCUGGUGGGGCCGGUACCUGAAUAUCAACGAUCCCCCUCUAACCCUCCACAUUGCUGUCGGGUACAUCUGCUAUCCGAUCGCGUUUCUCCUCGGUGUCUCACGCGAUGGAGACGACUUGUUUAAAGUUGGCCAGCUGAUUGGUGUCAAACUCAUUUCUAAUGAAUUCGUCGCUUACAGCGCCCUUCAGACUGAUCCUCAAUACCAGGGUCUCUCAGAUCGUUCUCGUCUGAUUGCCACAUAUGCGCUGUGUGGGUUCGCGAAUAUUGGAUCGCUGGGUAACCAGAUUGGAGUGUUAGCUCAGCUCUCCCCGAGUCGUAGUGGUGAUGUUUCUCGUGUGGCUUUCAGUGCCAUGCUCACUGGAGCUAUUAGCACAUUUACCAGUGCGACUAUUGCUGGACUGCUUAUUACAGAUGAGAAGCAGUACUUCGUAUCGAGUCACUAA